AUGACUGGAAGAUACGGAUUGCCAACACAUUUUCGCGGUGUCUCGUCAUUAAGGACCUUACGAGCUUCGAUAGCUCCCGCACCCAGGCGGUUCUCCGCAGCAUGUCAACGAAACCAAACAAUAAACUCAGAAGAGCAAAACGAGAGCAAGGAGGCACCAGAAGAAGAAGAAGAAGAAAAGGACAGCGCAAUGUCACGCCGGUUGGCUCAGAUGACAGAAGAUGCAAUGCUAGAGGGCGGACGAUCUGCGCGUCGCAACAUCGAGCAUGUGGGGUUCUCAGAAGAGUUGAAGAAACAGCUUGAAGAGCGAGUCGCUGCAGCUGCAUUCAAGAGUGAACAUGCAGCUGCCCACUCUAUAGUCGAUAUGCCGGCCGCCGCAGGACAAGGCACACGAGAAAACGCUGCUGCACCGGCAUGGACAGGAACAGAGCGUGUUGAAGACACAACACUUCGCAUGCUGGACGAUGCGAGCAAACCAAUUCGAAUGUCCUACAAAAUACCACAACCCAUCAACCUCAGUCCAGCCCCGAAACCUAAGAAGUCCCGCGGACACAGACUUGCCGAAGCCAAAGAGCGCACCUCGACAUACACACUGAGCCGGGCUCCUGGAUUCUCAGAAGAAGAGCGUGAGGAUAUGCGUCGUACGAUGAGGGAGAAUCUGAGUCCCGGAGCAUAUAACAUGCCGAUUUCUAUUUCAGGUCUUUCGUCGCUAGCCAACGAAAGAAUUGAGGACGCCAUUGCGCGGGGCCAGUUUGACAAGAUCCGUCGUGGUAAGGGUGUCAACACCGAGACAGAUCACAACGCGAACAGCGCAUUCAUCGAUACAACCGAAUACUUUAUGAAUAAAAUUAUCCAGAAACAAGAGAUCGUGCCGCCAUGGAUCGAGAAGCAACAGCAACUCGCUACGGAGAUCAGUCGAUUCCGUGGCCGUCUCCGUGCUGAUUGGAGAAGACAUGCCGCGAUGUUAAUCGCCAGCAAGGGCGGAGAACUGGAUGUGCAGAUGAAACGAGCAAAAGCAUACGCAGCAGCCGAGACCCGCCUGGCAGAUAAAGCUAAAUUGGAAAAAGCAUUGGGCAAAGACCAGUCGGCCUCAGAAACAUCAACAGAGCCCUCAGUGAACGAUACGAACGAAGAAUCCACAGAAAAUCUAGCUCACCUCCCACCACUACGUGACCCGAGCUACCUCGCAAUUGAGCGCGCUUACCACGAACUCGCCGUGAAACAGAUUAAUAGCCUCGUGCGAUCAUACAACCUUAUGGCACCGCGAUCUGCCCACAAACCAUAUAUCAAUCUCGAACGAGAACUUAACGCAUGUUAUGCGGAAGUGGCUCCUGGGCUGGCGGAAGAGAUCAAACGCCGGGCAACAGAACGUGUACGUCCAACAUCUAUUGUUCCGCCGGUUCCUUCUUCUGCAUUUGGAUCAUUGAGCACGGCGCAAUCUGUACGCGUCCAUGAAGAAGAUCAGUCCAAGGGAUAUGGUAUGAAGCAGCUUUGGCGGGAUUUGUUUUCUAAAUCUUGA